AUGGCUACUACAUCAAACAGCUAUACCAGCGUCGCUAUCAUCGGUGCGGGGUCCGUGGGCUGCACAAUCGCCCACACUCUCAUGCUGCGUCGUGUCUGCGCCGAAGUUCGUCUCGUCGAUAUCGCUGAAGACCUCUGCAAAGCUCAGGUCCAGGAUCUACAGGACGCCACUUAUCUUACCAAUGUUCGUAUCAAAUACGCCACCCCCCAGGAGGCCGGACAGUCGGAUAUUAUCGUCAUCACGGCCGGUGCCAAGCAAAAGCCCGGCGAGACUCGGUUGGACCUGAUCGAGAAGAAUUACAAGGUCCUCGGAAGCGUUCUUAAGGGCUUGCAGCCCAUCAACCCACUAGCCAUCAUCUUGCUGGUUGCGAAUCCCGUGGAUGUAUUGACCCACUUCACCCAGCAGAUGAGUGGACUUCCCAAGAACCAGGUUCUGGGAUCUGGGACCUUGUUGGAUUCCAUCCGUCUUCGUGGGCUUCUUGCUCAGAGAUUGAAUGUCUCGGAUAAUUCAAUCAAUGCUUACGUUAUUGGUGAACAUGGUGACUCUCAAUGUGUCGCUUGGUCCUCGGCCACCGUCUCUGGAGCCCAUAUAUCUCUCAUCGACGAUAUUUCUGAAGAAGAGAAAGUUGAGAUUGGCAAGCUAGUUUCGGGGAAAGCUAACGCAAUAAUUAAAGCGAAAGGCUUCACCUCGUACGGUAUCGGUGCUACUGCUGCCAAUAUCUGCGAAGCCAUCCUCUUUGAUCAACGUCCUGUUUACCCUCUCAGCUGCUGGCACGAAGAGCAUCAAUGUUGUAUCAGCUUGCCAGCCGUUGUUGGUCGAAAUGGAGUCGUCACUCAAAUACCGCUUCCUCUUAAUGAUAAGGAGAGGGAACAGAUUGAGGCUUCGGCGGCGACACUAAGGGACCAGAUUGCGAAGUUUUAA